AUGGCUAAAGUAGAUCUCAGCAAAUAUUUGGGUAGUGGAAAAAAGAAGAAGAAACAAAAGACGUCCGACAAUGUUAUAGUCACGGAGCAGCCAUUGCUCCCUGCUGCCAAUGAAGUUGAGGAUAUAAAUGAAGACGGUGAAUUAGGACCAGUACAAAUUUCAGAGCCGAAAAAAGAGUCUAAAGGGUUUCGAAGAAUUGAUACUGGAGGCAUGGUACAACCCCAGGAAAACCAAGACACUGUCUACAGAGAUACUAGUGGCCGUAUAAUCGAUAUUGAUGAAAAAAGAGCAGAAAUUGAACAACAUAAAGAAGAAGAGAUUCAAAGGAAACAGCAAUUGGAGAAACAGAUUAAUCAGGGAGAUGUCCAAAGAAUAGAAAAGGAAGAGCUUAAGAAGAGUAUUCGACGAGCCCAAACCAACCACUUAUCUCCAAACGAUUCAGAGUACAACGAUUAUAUGAAAUCAAGGACCCAUUUUGACGAUCCACUCCUGACAUUUGUUGCAACUACUAAUACGAACCCCACCUCCAAAACAGGACGCCCCACUUACUCAAAAGGAAUCUCUCCGCCAAACCGGUUCAACAUCCCGGCUGGAGCACAUUGGGACGGAAUAAAUCGGUCCAAUGGAUUUGAAGAACUUGUAAUGAGACGUCGCAACGAAAUCAAUGCUGAGAAACAGAACAAAAAGAUCCACGAUGGAAUUGAGUUGGACUUGGAGUUGGAAUAA